AUGCCGCUGCCCAGCGUGCUCGGCAACUGUCUGGAUGCUCUCAGCAACCGGUUAGAGGAACUGUCGUGCCACUGCAAGCAGUUGCAUGCCCUCAACCAGUCGCUGGAGAUGGAGAACGCCUCCAUGCGUCUGAAGCUCUCCGAUAUUGAGCAGGCUCUCCCUCAGAGGCCACAGGAUUUAGAGGCCUCCACCUGUGCGGUGGCUACUCCCGAAGUUGCGGAGGCCGUUGUCCUGCCUCCUCCAAAAGACGUCUUCUUAAGACCUGAAAGCGAUGACGAGCUGCCUCUGCCCGGCGUGCUUCCCAAAGUCACACCGGUGGAGCCCGCGUCUCCACAUCCAUGGCUUCCUGAAGGCAGUCCUGGCGGCGACAGUCUUCGUGCCAUAGGCGUCGCGCCUUCGCGAAUGACGUCCUUCCAAACCUUUCGAGAUGUGGACGAGGAGUCCAAUCGUGAAAGCGACCCAGAGUACGUGGACGCCAAGAGUAUGCGUUUUGAUACGCUGGUGUCGCACCGUCUGCAGCUCAUCACCGACACGAGGCUCGCCGAUGAUGCCUUCUUCCACAAAAGCGAGUGGAAGCAAACUCUCUCACUCUGCGGCUCACUAGAGGAGCACUAUGAUGAGAGCAGAUACUCCGAGGUCAUUGUCAACAGUGUCCUCUUCAAAACAGUAAGCACCCUAGCCAUUGCUGCCAAUGCGGUCUACAUUGGCAUCCGCACUGAUGUGCAACUCAAGAACGGUUACCAACGAAUAAGUGGCUUCGAGACACUUCCACUGUCCAACACGUUGGAGUAUGCAUUCUUCGUUUGGUUCAGCGCCGAAGUUAUCCUGUACUUGGUUGCUUACCGGGGAAGUUUCUUCAUAGGCAAAAAUUGGUAUUGGAACAUGUUUGACCUUUUCUUAAUCGGCAACGCGGCGAUGGAGAUUCUGAUUCCCGACCUGUUCGCGAACAUGUCCUUCCUGAGAAUUUGCCGCGUCUUUCGACUUGUCCGUGUCGUACGACUCGUACGAACGGUCAAGUGGCUUCGAUCAUUGAGGACAAUGCUGUUUGCAAUGAUCAGUUCAAUGGGAUCCUUGAUUUGGGCUUUUGUGAUGAUUUGCUUCAUUAUGUUUGUCUUUAGCAUCAUCUUUGGCAACGCUGCUGUAGCAUUUUUCGAGUCGGUGAACCCGGCUAGUGAAGAUGACAUGAACAAUGCUAUUGAAGUCUACACUACAUUUGGUAGCAUAUACGAGUCUUUCGUAACGUUGUUGAGUGCGAUCUUUGGCGGUGCGGACUGGGCGGUUUUUCGACCGGUCUUACGGAUGCUCGGAUCUGAUGGUUACGGUGAAUUGUACUUUGGAAUGUUUCUCUUCUACAUCGGCUUCUGCAUGGUUGGCCUGUUGAACGUGGUCACUGGUAUUUUCGUGGACAGUGCCGUCACAACCCGAACUGAAGACGAGGUUGUGGAUUCAUACCGUGAAGACCUACAAAGAACAUCUGACGAAGUCCAGCGCAUCUUUCACUCAGCAGAUGUUGGCGACUCUGGCAGGUUGACACUCGAGGCCUUCUCCAUGUGUUUGAAGCAGAACCCUUGGGUUGCGGCGUACUUUGCUGGCCUGGACAUUGGAGCCGAUGAUGCAGGCACCAUCUUCACUCUGAUGGAUACCAACAACAGUGGUGAUAUCACAGUGGAGGAGUUUGUUCAAGGCACCAUGAAGCUUAAAGGCCAUGCCAAAAGCAUUGACAUCUUCGCUAUCAUGUUCGAUAUGACCCGCCUGGGAUUGCAAGUCCAGAAACUAUGCUCCCUCGUAGAGGAUCAAUUUCGAGACGUGAAGCGCAUGUUGGAGCCGGAAAAGCCUUUGACGAAGAAGAGAUUGUUCAAACCCUUGAAGAGGCUCAUGGAAGAGCUUGAUGAACCGGAGGAGGAUGACCCAACCAG